CCGGGGGGGCUUUCGGUUCCGGGUUCUCGGCGGCCGGGCGAGUGUCGGCCGCUGGGCCCGGGGCGCGGCCAUGGAGAAGCUGCGGCGGGUCCUGAGCGGCCAGGACGACGAGGAGCAGGGCCUGACCGCGCAGGAUUCACAGACUAAUGGACACAGGUCCUGGACGCCUCCUCCCUGAGCUUCAGCACCAGGCUGAAGUGGUUUGCCAUCUGCUUCGUGAGCGGCAUCUUCUUCUCCAUCCUGGGCACGGGGCUGCUGUGGCUGCCGGGCGGCAUCAAGCUCUUCGCCGUCUUCUACACGUUUGGGAACAUCGCCGCGCUGGCCAGCACGUGCUUCCUGAUGGGGCCCUUCAAGCAGCUGAAGAAGAUGUUCGAGAGCACGCGGCUGCUGGCCACCAUCAUCAUGCUGGUGUGCUUCGUGCUCACGCUGUGUGCUGCUCUGUGGUGGCACAAGAAGGGGCUGGCCCUGCUCUUCUGCAUCCUGCAGUUCCUGUCCAUGACCUGGUACAGCCUAUCGUACAUCCCGUAUGCAAGGGACGCCGUCAUGAAGUGCUGCUCCUCCCUCCUGGGCUGAGGACAGACCGGGACCCGCCUGUGGAGUGGCCGCUGGUUUGGUGUUUUCUGAGCCGGCGACCACCCUCCCGCCGUGCCGUCAGCACAGGGACCGCGGCCGAGUAAACUGUGACGCUUUCCCCGGAGGCCGACCAGCCCUCGAAUGCCUGUAGCGUUCUCCUAGUCCUUCCCAGCCGCAUUGAGCUGUGAAUAUUCAGGGCUAAGUCUCCGCUGCACGAAUCUUUCUGGCUUUCCUAAAUGUCAAGAUUUAAAAAUACUUUAAUGUGAAAGUUUUUACUUUAAACUAAAAAUUGC